AUGUUCCCGAAUCUCCCGCUUCCGAGCUACUGGAAACGCGAUGCCGCACAGACCAAGAUGAGCAAAUUCUAUGUCGACAUCAUCAAGAAACGCAGAGCUGGAAACUCCGACCACGAGCAGGAUAUGAUUGCAGCUUUAAUGGAGCAAAAAUACCGCAACGGUCGCCCUCUCAGCGACAAAGAGAUUGCGCACAUUAUGAUCGCUGUACUGAUGGCUGGUCAGCACACAAGUUCAGCGACGGGAUCCUGGACUUUGCUCCACAUCGCGGCCAAUCCAGAUAUUAGCGACGCACUAUACCGCGAGCAAGUCGAGCAUUUCACGGGUUUCGAUGGCAAGCUACGGCCCUUGACCUACGAAGAGCUCCGCAACCUGCCCCUCCUCGAUUCUGUCAUUCGCGAGACCCUACGUAUGCACCCACCCAUCCACAGCGUCGUGCGCUACGUCCGCGACGACGUCAUCGUGCCUGCUACCCUCUCCUCGCCCUCAGAGGAUGGCGUCUACGUUGUCCCCCGUGGCAACUACGUCCUCGCAUCUCCAGUCAUCAGCCAGACCGACCCAACAAUAUGGAAGAAUGCAGACACAUGGGACCCGUAUCGCUGGAACGACACCAACGGCGUUGCGGCACGGGCGUUCAAGAUGUAUACGGAUGAGAAUGGAGAGAAGAUUGACUACGGGUUCGGAGCCGUUAGCAAAGGCACAGAGAGCCCGUAUCAACCGUUCGGCGCUGGUAAGCACAGAUGUAUCGGCGAACAUUUUGCAUACCUACAACUUGGAGUCCUGAUCUCAACGAUUGUUCGCGCAAUGGAACUACGUAUUGAAAGGGUUCCUGAGCAUAAUUACCAUACAAUGACUGUCAUGCCGAAGACACCUCGCCUUAUCUCAUACCGUCGGAGAACGGCAAACUAA